CAGACAACUGGGUCAUUCGCAGCCAUGAUUGCAAUACAAGAAACCCUAAAAAAACUAGUUCUAAAAUGAAUAUGACACCUUCCUCGCUUAGAAUUAUUCCAAGGUUGACUGAGUAAAAAGUAUGCCCAUCUCAAUGCAUUAUGAAAACGCUUCACCACAACCAACAUUUGCAGAGCAAUUGGAGAGGAUUUACUUUUAAGUCUGAGAGAAGAUUUGUUGAUCUGGUGAAGAAAAACUUCUGGGGCAAAAUGUGUCCAAUGAGAAUACUUCUGAUUUUAUUGUCUGCAACUCUUGCUGGCUUCUUGGCAUGGAAGACAAUGUCAUCAUCUAAGGAUGCACAAUUUCAAGAUGAAGACAAGCCCAAGGAAGAGAUCUCCACUAUCAAAUCUGGUGGAUUCAGUUUGAAAAUGGCCUGUGAGAAAGUUCCAAUCUUCUUUUGGGUGAUGGUUGAUAUGGCAAGUGGGAAGUAUCUAUGGAGAAAUCUGAAAAGUUUGUAAGAUGGGUAGCUUUCAGAUCCUAACUGAGGGGCACAAUAUUGCAUUUUGAUGAUAUGGGUAGCUGUAUUAUUUUUCUGAUUCAUUCACAGAAUGAUUGUAUCUUGUAAGGACUUUGAUCCAUGGGGGUGAGGUAUUAGUGGGUGUUACUGAAGGAAGUUUAACAGGCUACACGCCUUUUGCUUUCAAUGUAUUUUGACAUUUGUUGAUAUGUAUUCUCUCAAAAUUUGCAGAGGUAAAAAAGCAUGGAGUUUCAGAUUUGAAAUACUAUACAAAUUAAAUUGUAAAGCACUUC